ACAAGGCUGUACAAGAGAAAGAUUGGAAGAGAGUUGAAGAUUUCAUAACCAAAGAUCCCCAGGUGUUGGCCGCCAAGAUUAAAGUAUAUCGUGAGGAAACAGUUAUUCACAUAAUUACUCUUAAUUUAGACGCCCCCUUUUCGCUUCUGGAGAAGAUUGCAUCAAAAGUUGGUCCAGAAGCACUAGAAAAAUUGAAAAAUGAAACGGGGCGGACGCCUAUAUUCCAGGCUGCUACAUAUGGCAAUACAAAAGCUGCUAAAGCGUUUGUGCUUAAGCACAAAGAAUUGCCGAACGUAAGAGACAGCGAGGGUUUACUUCCAAUUCACCAUGCUGCAAUCCGUGGCCACAAGGAAACAAUUCAAUAUUUACUCUCAGUGACAGGAGUUCCCUUAGAUGACACGAACGGUGUCUGGCUGCUUACGAAUCUCAUCAAUUCUGGUCUCUAUGGAAUAGCUUUAGAUUUAUUGAAGCGAUAUCCAAAGUUAGCACGUAAGAGAAACCAGGACAGAAAACGGAUAUUGAGCAUACUGACUAAUAAGCCUUCGGCGUUUGAAAGUGGGAGUCGGCUUGGAUAUUGGAAACGCUUAAUCUAUAAAUUGAUUCCGGUGCAAGAAGAACAAAUUCCUGGCCCUCAAAAUGCGGAUGGAGACAUGGAGAACCCUGUUGAUGAUAGAUCAAGCAAGUUAGUAACAAGAUUCACACAUCUGGAAUUUCUUCAACAAAUCUCUAUUGCCUUCGGUGCUUUCCACAAAAAAUUGCAUAUAAUGAUCUGGAAUGCUCUCGUGCUGCUAGUCCCAGGCAUUAAAAGCAUAAGUGAAACAAAGUUAAUGCAUAUGCAAACACUUAAAAUAGUCAGAACCAUGUGUCAUGAGGGAGUGAUUUGGAGUAAUAAAGAAGCUAAGAAAUCACUGUGGGAACCGAUGCUUACAGCCGCAACAUUAGGGAUUUACGAGCUUGUCUAUGAAAUCAUGAAGGCCUAUUUCUAUUCUUUUACUUUCCUUGCCGAUAAUCAAGAUGAUGUAUUUCGUCUUGCAAUUCUUCAUCGCCAUGAAAAUGUUUUUAGUCUUGUAAAUAAAAGAAAUGUUUUACUUUCGUGGCACCCGGACAUGAAGCAAGUGGCCAAUAUGAGUGUAAAAACUAAAAACAUUUUGCAUUUGGCUGGAAAGUUUAAACCUUCUAGUCAAAUCCCAGGUGCUGCAUUGCAAAUGCAGAGAGAACUACAGUGGUUCAAGGCUGUAGAAAGUUGUGUCCAUCCAUCCCUUCAAGAACAGCGAAAUGAGUCCAAUGAAACUCCUAGACAGGUGUUUACCAAAGAACAUGAAAGACUAGUCGAAAAAGGUGAAAAUGGAUGAAGGAGACUGCUUUAUCAUGCACACUUGUAGCUGCACUUAUAAUCACAGUAGUCUUUG